GAUGCUCUGCAGUCCUCCCAGGGCCGCUCUGACCUGCGGCUCCGCGACUUCUCGUCUCCUCUCCAUCUUUCCUCCCACAGCGGCCGCUCGGCCCCCGCCCCCUCGCCCUCCCAGCGGGUCUUCCCAGGCCGCUCUGGCCCGAGCGUCCCCUCGUCUCUCUGAUCUGGCCCAUCCGGCUCCGGAGGGAGGCGCGGGUGGGUGAGCAAGGGAGUGCGUCUAUGGGGUCCAGGCCUGAGCCCCUAAAGACGGGCUCCGCCCCCGACACCCGCUCGCGCCCCGCCUCCGGCUGGAGGGGUCUCUCCCGGACCUUCCGGGUCUGGCCCGGCAAGACCCGCACCCUCUAUAGAGGCCCCCGCCGGGCUGUAGAGCCCUUCGCUCCCUGGGGACCCACCCGUAUAUAAGGUCCGUUUCGGCCUGCAGCGGCUCGCGUCUUUUACUGCUGGACACCGUUUAUGGGGUCAGCUAGCCUAUGGGGGCCCGUGACUAUAAGCGACUCCCACGGUCCCUAGGGCUUGGCCCCAUCCAUAACGACCCCAUUUACAGGCCCUUUCGUGGGUCUAUAGGAUCUACUCCUCGAUUUCCACAGCCCGUCUACAGCGGCGGCUCCCUUCUGGGGGAGUGCAACUCCUGGACCUCCCUGGUCUACAAGGCCAUGUCGCGUCUAUAGAGGUCACAUUUGCAGGGCCUCGCGCCGCGUGGAGGGUCCUCUCCAAUCUUUACGGCCUGUCCCGUCUGUAAGUCAGUGCGGGAGGCGGAUAUGGCCCUGCGCCCGGCUCUGGCCGUGGCGCUGGCUCUAUCUUUGGCCCUGCUGGGGCCGCUGUCCCCCGGGGCCCAGGCAGGGGACUGCAAGGGGCAGCGGCAAGUGCUGCGGGAGGCGCCAGGCUUCGUGACCGAUGGUGCGGGCAACUACAGCGUCAAUGGCAAUUGCGAGUGGCUCAUCGAGGCCCCAAGCCCCCAGCAUCGGAUCCUGCUGGACUUUCUUUUCCUGGACACGGAAUGCACGUACGACUACCUGUUUGUGUAUGACGGCGACUCUCCCCGAGGGCCCCUGCUUGCCAGUCUGAGUGGCAGCACUCGGCCUCCGCCCAUCGAGGCUUCCUCAGGCAAGAUGCUCCUCCACCUCUUCAGCGAUGCCAACUACAACCUGCUGGGCUUCAAUGCCUCCUUCCGCUUCUCCCUGUGCCCUGGGGGCUGCAGCAGCCACGGGCAGUGCCAGCCCCCUGGCGUGUGCGCCUGCGAGCCCGGCUGGGGGGGCCCUGACUGCAGCCUGCAGGAGUGCCCGGCCUACUGUGGCGGCCAUGGCACCUGCGCUUCGCCCCUGGGACCAUGCCGCUGUGAGCCUGGCUUCCUGGGACGCGCCUGUGACCUGCACCUGUGGGAGAACCAGGGGGCUGGCUGGUGGCACAAUGUGAGUGCCGGGGACCCUGCCUUCUCGGCCCGUAUUGGGGCAGCUGGUGCCUUCCUGUCCCCGCCGGGGCUGCUGGCUGUUUUUGGAGGCCAGGACCUGAACAGAGCCCUGGGUGAUCUCGUCCUGUACAACUUCUCUGCCAACGCCUGGGAGCGCUGGGACCUGAGUCCUGCCCCGGCUGCCCGUCACUCCCAUGUGGCUGUGGCCUGGGCCGGCUCCCUGGUGCUCAUGGGUGGUGAGCUGGCUGAUGGCUCCCUCACCAGCGACGUGUGGGCCUUCAGCCCCCUGGGCGGGGGCCACUGGGAGCUGCUCGCACCACCUGGCUCCAGUUCCUCGGGGCCGCCAGGCCUGGCAGGUCACGCCGCCGCCCUAGUGGAUGACAUCUGGCUCUACGUGUCUGGCGGCCGCACCCAGCACGACCUCUUCUCCUCUGGCCUCUUCCGCUUCCGUCUCGACAGCACCAGUGGGGGCUACUGGGAGCAGGUGAUUCCAGCGGGCGGGCGGCCUCCUGCCGCCACGGGCCACUCCAUGGUGUUCCAUGCCCCCUCACGCACCCUGCUGGUUCACGGUGGACACCGGCCCUCCACCGCGCGGUUCUCUGUGCGGGUGAACUCCACAGAGCUCUUCCACGUGGAUCGGCGCGUGUGGACCACCCUGAAGGGCCGGGAUGGGCUCCAGGGCCCACGGGAGAGAGCCUUCCACACAGCCAGCGUCCUGGGCAACUACAUGGUGGUCUAUGGGGGCAACGUGCACACCCAUUACCAGGAGGAGAAAUGCUAUGAAGAUGGCCUCUUCUUCUACCACCUUGGCUGCCAUCAGUGGGUGUCGGGGGCCGAGCUUGCCCCCCCGGGAACCCCUGAGGGCCGAGCAGCACCUCCCAGUGGUCGAUACUCGCAUGUGGCGGCUGUGCUUGGUGGCAGUGUCCUGUUGGUGGCUGGGGGGUACAGUGGCCGGCCUCGUGGGGACUUGAUGGCCUACAAGGUGCCUCCCUUUGUGUUCCAGGCGCCUGCUCCGGACUACCACUUAGACUACUGCUCCAUGUACACGGACCACAGCGUCUGCUCCCGAGACCCUGAAUGCAGUUGGUGUCAGGGGGCCUGCCAAGCUGCACCACCUCCUGGGACCCCGUCUGGGGCUUGUCCAGCUGCCAGCUGCCUGGGCCUGGGCCGCCUUCUGGGUGACUGCCAGGCCUGCCUGGCCUUCAGCGGCCCGACAACUCCUCCCCGGGGGCCCGGCGCUCUGGGCUGGUGCGUGCAUAAUGAGAGCUGCCUCCCUCGGCCUGAACAGGCCCGCUGCCGAGGGGAGCAGAUCUCAGGCACCGUGGGCUGGUGGGGGCCUGCACCUGUCUUCGUCACAUCCCUGGAGGCCUGCGUCACCCAGAGCUUCCUGCCUGGCCUGCACCUGCUCACUUUCCAGCAGCCGCCCAAUGCCUCCCAGCCCGACAAGGUCCUGAUUGUCCGCAGUACGACCAUCACUCUGACGCCCAGCCCAGAGACCGACGUGUCUCUGGUCUACCGUGGCUUCAUCCACCCACUGCUGCCAGGAGGGCCCGGGGGGCCGGGGGCUGAGGAUGUAGCUGUGUGGGCCCGGGCCCAGCGUCUACAUGUCUUGGCCCGGAUGGCCCGUGGCCCUGACACAGAGAACAUGGAGGAGGUGGGGCGCUGGGUGGCUCAGCAGGAGAAGGAGACAAGGCGGCUGCAGCGCCCGGGGUCUGCUCGCCUCUUCCCACUGCCUGGCCGGGGCCACAAGUAUGCGGUCGAGAUCCGGGGCCAGCUCAAUGGCUCGGCAGGCCCUGGGCACAGUGAACUUACCCUGCUGUGGGACCGGACUGGCGUGCCAGGUGGCAGCGAGAUCUCCUUCUUCUUUCUGGAGCCUUAUCGCUCUUCAGCCUGUUCGUCCUACUCCUCCUGCCUGGGCUGCUUGGCGGACCAGGGCUGCGGCUGGUGCCUGACCAGCGCCACCUGCCACCUGCGCCAGAGCGGGGCCCACUGCGGGGACGACAGGACCGGCGGGUCCCUGCUGGUGCUGGUGCCUGCCCUCUGCCCGCUCUGCGAGGAGCAUCGUGACUGUCACGCCUGUACCCAGGACCCCUUCUGCGAGUGGCAUCAGAGCACCAGCCGCAAAGGGGAUGCAGCGUGCAGCCGGCGGGGCCGUAGUCGGGGCGCCCUGAAGAGCCCAGAGGAGUGUCCCCCGCUCUGCAGCCAACGCCUAACCUGUGACGACUGCCUGGCCAACUCCAGCCAGUGCGCCUGGUGUCAGUCCACCCACACCUGCUUCCUGUUCGCUGCCUACCUGGCACGGUACCCGCACGGGGGCUGCCGUGGCUGGGACGACAGCGUGCACUCAGAGCCCCGGUGCCGGAGCUGCGACCGCUUCCUGACCUGCCACGAGUGUCUGCAGAGCCAUGAGUGCGGCUGGUGCGGCAAUGAGGACAACCCCACACUGGGACGGUGCCUUCAGGGGGACUUCUCGGGGCCUCUGGGUGGGGGUAACUGCUCCCUGUGGGUGGGGGAGGGCCUGGGGCUGUCUGUGGCCCUCCCUGCCCGCUGGGCAUAUGCCCGCUGUCCAGACGUGGACGAGUGUCGCCUGGGCCUGGCGCGGUGCCACCUGCGGGCGACCUGCCUGAACACACCCCUCAGCUACGAGUGUCACUGCCAGCGGGGCUACCAGGGCGAUGGCAUCACAUACUGCAACCGCACGUGCUUGGAAGACUGUGGCCAUGGUGUAUGCAGCGGUCCCCCUGACUUCACCUGCGUGUGUGACCUGGGCUGGACGUCAGACCUGCCCCCGCCCACGCCCGCCCCGGGACCCCCCGCACCCCGCUGCUCCCGGGACUGCGGCUGCAACUUCCACAGCCACUGCCGCCGGCGGGGGCCUGGCUUCUGUGAUGAGUGCCAGGACUGGACGUGGGGGGAGCACUGCGAACGGUGCCGGCCCGGCAGCUUUGGCAACGCCACGGGCUCGGGCGGCUGCCGGCCCUGCCAGUGCAACGGGCAUGGGGACCCGCGCCGCGGCCACUGUGACAACCUCAGCGGGCUCUGCUUCUGUCAGGACCACACCGAAGGUGCCCACUGCCAGCUCUGCUCCCCCGGCUACUAUGGGGACCCUCGGGCUGGUGGCUCCUGUUUCCGGGAGUGUGGGGGGCGUGCCCUCCUUACCAACGUGUCCUCAGUGGCGCUGGGCUCACGCCGGGUUGGGGGGCUGCUGCCUCCAGGCGGUGGGGCAGCGAGAGCUGGGCCAGGCCUGUCCUAUUGCGUGUGGGUUGUCUCAGCCACCGAGGUGCUGCAGCCCUGUGCCCCUGGGACCCUCUGUCCCCCCCUCACCCUCACCUUCUCCCCCGACAGCAGCACCCCCUGCACGCUGAGCUAUGUCCUGGCCUUUGAUGGAUUCCCGCGCUUCCUGGACACUGGUGUCGUCCAGUCGGACCGUAGCCUCAUUGCUGCCUUCUGUGGCCAGCGGCGGGACAGGCCUCUCACUGUGCAGGCCCUGUCUGGCCUGCUUGUCCUGCACUGGGAGGCCAACGGCUCCUCAUCCUGGGGCUUCAACGCUUCCGUGGGCUCUGCCCGCUGCGGGUCAGGGGGCCCGGGGAGCUGCCCUGUCCCCCAGGAGUGUGUGGCCCAGGACGGGGCCGCAGGUGCUGGACUCUGCCGAUGUCCUCAGGGCUGGGCUGGCCCCCACUGCCGCAUGGCUCUGUGUCCCGAGAACUGUAACGCCCACAGCGGGGCGGGGACUUGUAACCAGAGCCUGGGUGUGUGCAUCUGUGCUGAGGGCUUCGGGGGUCCAGACUGUGCCACGAAGCUGGACGGCGGGCAGCUGGUCUGGGAGACCCUCAUGGACAGCCGCCUCUCAGCUGACACUGCUAGCCGAUUCCUACACCGCUUGGGGCACACCAUGGUGGAGGGACCUGAUGCCACCUUGUGGAUGUUUGGGGGCCUGGGCCUGCCCCAGGGGCUGCUAGGAAACCUGUACAGGUACUCCGUGAGUGAGCGACGGUGGACACAGAUGCUGGCGGGAGCUGAGGAUGGGGGCCCGGGCCCCUCCCCUCGCUCCUUCCACGCGGCUGCCUAUGUGUCCGCCGGCCGUGGUGCCAUGUACCUUCUGGGGGGACUCACGGCCGGGGGUGUCACCCGCGACUUCUGGGUCCUCAACCUCACCACCCUGCAGUGGCGGCAGGAGAAGGUUCCUCAGACUGUGGACUUGCCAGCAGUUGCCGGUCACACCCUAACUGCCCGCCGUGGCCUGUCCCUACUCCUGGUGGGCGGUUAUUCCCCCGAAAAUGGCUUCAACCAGCAGCUGUUUGAGUACCAGCUGGUGACUGGCACCUGGGUGUCCGGAGCCCAGAGCGGGACACCCCCCACAGGUCUCUAUGGUCAUUCUGCCGUGUACCACGAGGCCACUGACUCCCUCUACGUGUUUGGGGGUUUCCGCUUCCACGUGGAGCUGGCAGCCCCGUCCCCUGAGCUCUACUCCCUGCACUGUCCUGACCGUACCUGGAGCCUGCUGGCCCCUUCCCAGGGGGCAAAGCCACGCCCCCGGCUUUUCCAUGCCGCAGCCCUGCUAGGGGACACCAUGGUGGUCCUUGGGGGGCGCUCGGACCCUGAUGAGUUCAGCAGUGACGUUCUACUCUACCAGGUCAACUGCAACGCCUGGCUCCUGCCCGACCUCACCCGCCCAGCCUCUGUGGGGCCCCCGAUGGAGGAGUCUGUGGCCCAUGCCGUGGCGGCGGUAGGAGGCCGCCUAUACAUCUCAGGUGGCUUCGGGGGAGUGGCCCUGGGCCGCCUGCUGGCCCUGACCCUGCCCCCUGACCCCUGCCGCCUGCUGCCCUCACCUGAAGCUUGUAACCAGUCUGGGGCCUGCACCUGGUGCCAUGGGGCCUGCUUGUCUGGAGACCAGGCUCAUAGGCUGGGCUGUGGGGGCCCCCCGUGUUCCCCAAUGCCUCGCUCUCCGGAGGAAUGUCGACGUCUCCGGACCUGCAGUGAGUGCCUGGCCCGCCACCCCCGGACCCUGCAGCCUGGAGAUGGAGAGGCAUCUGCCCCCCGCUGUAAGUGGUGUACCAACUGCCCCGAGGGCGCCUGCAUCGGGCGGAAUGGGUCCUGCACCUCAGAGAAUGACUGUCGGAUCAACCAGCGGGAGGUCUUCUGGGCCGGGAACUGCUCAGAGGCUGUGUGUGGGGCCGCCGACUGUGAGCAGUGCACCCGGGAGGGCAAGUGCAUGUGGACGAGGCAGUUCAAGAGGACAGGGGAGACCCGCCGCAUCCUCUCGGUGCAGCCCACCUAUGACUGGACCUGCUUCAGCCACUCUCUGCUAAAUGUGUCCCCAAUGCCGGUGGAGUCAUCGCCCCCCCUACCCUGUCCCACUCCCUGUCACCUCCUGCCCAACUGCACCUCCUGCCUGGACUCCAAAGGUGCGGAUGGGGGCUGGCAGCACUGUGUCUGGAGCAGCAGCCUCCAACAGUGUCUGAGCCCCUCCUACCUGCCCCUGCGAUGUAUGGCCGGAGGCUGUGGGCGGCUGCUCCGGGGACCCGAGAGCUGCUCCCUGGGCUGUGCUCAGGCGACCCAGUGCGCCCUGUGCCUGCGGCGCCCCCAUUGUGGCUGGUGUGCCUGGGGGGGCCAAGAUGGGGGUGGCCGCUGCCUGGAGGGUGGACUCAGCGGUCCCCGUGACGGGCUGACAUGCGGGCGACCUGGGGCCUCCUGGGCCUUCCUGUCCUGUCCCCCUGAAGACGAGUGUGCAAACGGACAUCAUGACUGCAAUGAGACACAGAACUGCCACGACCGGCCACACGGUUACGAGUGCAGCUGCAAGGCGGGCUACACCAUGGACAACGUGACUGGGCUGUGCCGCCCGGUAUGCGCCCAGGGCUGCGUGAAUGGCUCGUGUGUGGAGCCCGACCACUGCCGCUGCCACUUCGGCUUUGUUGGCCGCAACUGCUCCACAGAGUGUCGCUGCAACCGCCACAGCGAAUGCGCGGGUGUGGGUGCCCGUGACCAUUGCCUGCUGUGUCGCAACCACACCAAGGGCAGCCACUGCGAGCAGUGCCUCCCUCUGUUCGUGGGCUCGGCUGUGGGGGGCGGGACCUGCCGGCCCUGCCACGCCUUCUGUCGUGGCAAUAGCCACGUCUGCGUCUCCAGGAAGGAGCUCGAAAUGGCCAGGAAGGAACCAGAGAAGUACUCGCUGGAUCCAGAGGAGAUUGAAAACUGGGUGACAGAGGGGCCUAGUGAAGACGAGGCUGUGUGUGUGAACUGCCAGAAUAACAGUUAUGGGGACAAAUGCGAGAGCUGCCUGCACGGCUACUUCCUCCUGGAUGGGAAGUGUACCAAAUGCCAGUGCAAUGGCCAUGCAGAUACAUGUAACGAGCAGGACGGGACAGGCUGCCCGUGUCAGAACAAUACAGAGACGGGCACGUGCCAGGGUAGCUCGCCCAGUGACCGCCGAGACUGCUACAAGUACCAGUGCGCCAAGUGCCGGGAGUCCUUCCACGGGAGCCCGCUGGGUGGCCAGCAGUGUUACCGCCUCAUUUCCGUGGAGCAGGAGUGCUGCCUGGACCCCACGUCCCAGACCAACUGCUUCCACGAACCCAAGCGCCGGGCUCUGGGCCCCGGCCGCACUGUCCUCUUUGGCGUGCAGCCCAAGUUUACCAACGUGGACAUCCGCCUGACGCUGGAUGUGACCUUCGGUGCUGUGGACCUCUAUGUCUCCACCUCCUACGACACCUUCGUGGUCCGUGUGGCCCCUGACACGGGCGUCCACACCGUGCAUAUCCAGCCACCUCCACCCCCACCGCCUCCCCCACCCCCUGCCGACGGCGGACCCCGGGGGGCCGGGGAUCCAGGAGGACCCGGGGCCGGGAGCGGGCCAGGUGCCCCGGCGGAGCCCAGGGUGCGGGAGGUGUGGCCACGGGGCCUGAUCACCUACGUGACUGUGACAGAGCCGUCGGCCGUGCUCGUGGUUCGUGGUGUGCGGGACCGGCUGGUCAUCACCUACCCGCACGAGCACCAUGCCCUCAAGUCCAGCCGCUUUUACCUACUCCUGCUGGGCGUGGGGGACCCGAGCGGGCCCGGCGCCAAUGGUUCAGCUGACUCGCAGGGCCUGCUCUUCUUCCGGCAGGACCAGGCCCACAUCGACCUAUUUGUCUUCUUCUCCGUCUUCUUCUCCUGCUUCUUUCUCUUCCUCUCACUCUGCGUGCUCCUCUGGAAGGCCAAGCAGGCCCUGGACCAGCGGCAGGAACAGCGCCGACAUCUGCAAGAGAUGACCAAGAUGGCCAGCCGCCCCUUUGCCAAGGUCACCGUCUGCUUCCCGCCUGACCCUGCCGCCCCGGCCCCUGCCUGGAAGCCGGCUGGGCUCCCACCACCCACCUUCCGCCGUUCGGAACCCUUCUUGGCACCCCUGCUGCUGACGGGGGCCGGGGGGCCCUGGGGACCUGUGGGAGGAGGCUGCUGCCCGCCCGCCGUCCCGGCCACCACUGCCGGCCUGCGAGCCGGGCCCAUCACCCUUGAACCCACUGAAGAUGGCAUGGCCGGUGUGGCCACUCUGCUGCUCCAGCUGCCCGGAGGACCCCAAGCACCCAACGGCGCCUGCCUAGGGUCGGCCCUCGUCACGCUGCGGCACAGGCUGCACGAAUACUGUGGGGGUGGUGGGGGUGCUGGGGGCAGUGGGCACGGGGCUGGCGCAGGCCGGAAGGGACUGUUGAGCCAGGACAAUCUCACCAGCAUGUCCCUCUGACCCACGGUGUGGUCCUCAGCCACAGCGACUGAGUACCCUGAUAACGCCACCCUGGAUUCAGGGCUCCUCCACUUGGCGGCCCCUGGACACUGUGUCCUCAGAGACCUCUGGCUCCCUUUCCCCGGGGCUCCCCAGACAGGGCAUUUGACUUUCUGCAUUCAACAAUUAUUUAUUGAAUACUUACUAUCUGCCAGGCACUGUUGAAGUCACCGGGCAAAGCAGGAACUGAGACAGACGAGUUCCCUGAUCUCGUGGGACUUAGGUUCCAGUGGAGGGAGACAAUCAGUGUGCACCAGUGCCUGUGCACACACGCGCACACACACACACACACACACGCGCGCGCGCGCGAGGAAGGUCAUUUCCGGGAGGGAGAAGUGCCAUGAGGGAUCAACAGGAUGUGGCUGUGAGGGACUUCGAGGUAGAGUCUGUUGGGCAUUCCGAGAAGCCAGGCCUAAAGCCUGAGAAGGAACUGGCCGUGGGGAAAGCUUCAGAAAGUGGGUCUCAGGCAGAGCGAGCUAUAAGGACAAGGCCCUGAGGUGGGGACCCGCUUGCUUCAUUGGGAGGAUCAGAAAGGGCCAGCAUGACCCAGACCGCGUGUGAAGAGAUGAGUUGGGAGACAGCAAUGGGAUCACCCAGGGCUGUGUGGGUCCCAGAUAGGGUUUUGAAUUUUAUUCUCGGGGAAAGCCAAGGGACAGUUUCAUAAGGAUCCGAGGUACGUAUUCGAGAGGUCACUCAGCUGUGGUGUGGAGGAUGGUUCGGAGGGGGCAAGAGAGGCGACCAGGGACAAGAGACGAUGAUUACGAUGAGGGCAGUGGUGGGGGCGGGGGUCAGGGACAGGUGCAGGAUGUGUGUGGGAGGAGGUAACGAUGGCGUGGAUGUUGGGAUCAGGGAGGGGGGAGUCCAGGAUGACUCCAACUUUGUGGCCUGAACUGUGGGCGGAUACUGGGGUGGUUUAUCAUCAUGGGCAGCCUGGGUCUUGUGGGGAAAACCAGGAGUCCAGUCUGAGACUCUUAAGAUGCUCUCUCUAGGCAUCUCUCCAGUCAGGUCCAGCCAGGGAAACAGACUGCUGUACUUUAGCGGAAGGAAGUGAGCGCAGGGGAUUGGCUGUGUUGUUGAGGGACGCAGACGAUCAGAGGUGGGACAGUGAGGCAGUCCAGGGGCCGGCUGUCACCUGUAGGCUGGACAGACAAAGCCAAAGCUCAGAUGGUGUAAUUGAUGCUAGGACCAGGGUCACCCGGCUCAGCAGGAAUCCAAGGAGACAAAGCCUCAGAUGCUGCCCCAGGGCGCUGGGCGUUGGAGAUGGAAAUGGAGUCCUCUGCGCAUGUCUCUUCCCAGACAGUGCUGCCUUGAAGACUUGUGGGUUCCCUCUAGGGGCCGCUCCCCCACUCAGCCACCACCUUGGACUUCUGAGCUCCUCUCCCCCUUGAGGACUUCGCACCCCCAUCCUAGCCAUCUUGAACUUGGGACUCCUUUUGCAAGACUCCAUCCCCCAGCUGUACUUUGGGGCCUUAAGGAGCUGGGCCCCGUCUCCUCUCCUCUGCUGGGGGCCUUAGUCUAAGAGGCCAUGUGUGCUGUCAGGGGCCGUCUGAAAGGGAGGAGUGGUUGAAGCAGCAAAUAAAGAGUGUAGGGAAGGCG